AUGACUCGUAUGGUUUGGAACUCUUUCUCACCAACAGGCUCUUUGAGGAAACUUUACUCCCUCAAACGUUUGAAUCCGGACCUCAAGUUGAUCAUCGCUUACGGCAACGGAAAAAAUGCGGGGGAGUUAAUCCACGUGAUUCCCCUGAGGUCACGUGACCCCCUGAGGUCACAUGAUUCCCCU